AUGUUUCGCAAUGACCUGCAGGUGAAGAAAACCGGCAGUAUUACCAUUGAUGAUAUGGAUUCGAAAGUUCUCAAAGAAUUGCUGAAUUUCAUUUACACGGACCGCGCAAUACCCAAAGAAAUGGCAGCAGAUUUAUUUUUGGCGUCCAAAAAAUACGCCCUGUUGGCUUUGCAAAAAAUGUGUGAAAAUAUGUUAAUCGAAACAAUGAGCGCUGACACUGUGGUUGAUAUUCUUCUUCUAUGCCAUCGCCAUGCCAGUGAACGCCUUAAAUCUGUGGCUGUUCAAUUUGCAAUAAAAAACAUUAAAACAGAAUUCAGCGAUGUGACCCUGGUCGCCAAGGAUGGAAUUGGAUUCAAGGUCCACAAAGUUGUAUUAUGCGCUCGCAGUGAAGUUUUUGCUGACAUGUUUCGCAAUGACCUGCAGGUGAAGAAAACCGGCAGUAUUACCAUUGAUGAUAUGGAUUCGAAAGUUCUCAAUGAAUUUCUGAAUUUCAUUUACACGGACGGCGCAAUACCCAAAGAAAUGGCAGCAGAUUUAUUUUUGGCGUCCAAAAAAUACGCCCUGUUGGCUUUGCAAAAAAAGUGUGAAAAUAUGUUAAUCGAAACAAUGAGCGCUGACACUGUGGGUGAUAUUCUUCUUCUAUGCGAUCGCCAUGCCAGUGAACGCCUUAAAUCAAUGGCUGUUCAUUUUGCAAUAAAAAACAUUAAAACAGUCUCGGCAACGGAGAGCUGGAAACGAUUGCGUGUAAAUGAUCGUGCGUUAUGUAUGGACAUAUUGGAAAAGGCCAUGCAGGAACGUUUGUAG